AUGACAUCACAAAAAAAUAAUACCUCGCCAGAAACUACCGAACUGCGUGAAAAAAUAGCCGCCCUCGACGCUGAACUCGCCGAGGCUUUCAAAUCACAAUUCUCAGUAUCCCCCUUUUUGUCGCGAAAGAUUGUGAGCUUUCAAGGCAACAAAGACAAGCCCGCCUAUAGUUGGUAUAAAUACAAGGAAGCCUUCUCGGCAGGCCUUGUUGAAUAUUUUCUCGGCAGUUACUCGGGAGGAAUGUCUGGAAAGGUCCUUGACCCGUUUGCUGGGAUAGGGACAACCUUGUUUGCGGCAAGUUCUCACGGAAUCCCCGCAGAUGGUAUAGAAUUAUUGCCUAUCGGUCAGGAAAUUAUCCGCUCGCGUCUCUUAUCAGAAAGAGAAUUAACAGUCGAUGACAUCGCCACACUUGAACACUGGAUAAACUCUUCUCCGUGGAAGGAAUCUUCAGAAAAGGUGACAUUCAGUACAAUUCGAAUCACGGAGAACGCCUAUCCGCCAGAAACAGUAGAGGCGAUUGAAAGGUACAGAGGGGCACUUCAACGGGAAAAUGAUAAAAUUCAGGCGAUCUUGCGCCUCGCACUACUGUGCGUUUUAGAAGGCAUCAGUUACACCCGAAAAGACGGGCAAUAUCUCCGUUGGGAUGCUCGGUCAGGCAAGCAACGACCAGGAACAAAGGCUUUCAACAAAGGCGAAAUCCUUGCUUUUGAUGCUGCCAUAAUUGCCAAGCUCAAAGAAAUUUUAUCGGAUAUCCGUGAUGCUGAGACACCCGUAACGCUUUUCCCUGUUAAGCGGACAAUGAAGGAUAUUCGGUUAUUCAAAGGUUCAUGUCUUGAGGUCCUUCCAACCCUUGAAACAGCCUCUUAUGGAGCAGUUGUGACUUCGCCACCUUAUUGCAACCGCUACGAUUACACGCGGACGUAUGCCCUUGAACUCGCGAUGCUCGGAUUGACACAGGCGGAAGUUUCCGGUUUACGGCAAGAAAUGCUUAGUUGUACUGUGGAAAACCGAGAAAAGGAUUUAUUGAAAAUCUGUCCGCAAUGGGAACCUUUUACAGAAGUAGCCAACCAGCAAAAAUUACUACAAACAAUAUGCACCUACCUCGAACAUGAAAAGGCAUCUGGCACCCUAAACAAUAGCAAUAUUCCGAGGAUGGUUCGUGGGUAUUUCUCCGAAAUGGCAUGUGUCAUUGGCGAGUGUGCUCGUGUCUUAAAACCAAAUGCUCGUCUCUGUAUGGUAAACGACAAUGUGCGCUAUGCAGGGGUGAGUAUCUCGGUAGACACGAUUUUAUCCGACAUCGCGACAGUCCCUCGGUUUUGCAGGUUGAAAAAUUCUGGUUGUUCCCGGCAAAAAAGGAAAUAG